CUUUUCUCCAUGUGUAAUAAUGCCCUGUGUUUGUAUUUGACCAGAUCUGUUUCAGAGGAUGAGACUCCUCUCAUUCUCAGUGAUGAAGAAAUGAACAAACUGGGAGCCAGGAUUGUAAAAGCAGAAUUGAUGGGAAACAAAGAUUUAGCUGCAAAACUUCAAUCUCAGCUUGAUAAGGCACACAUGCUAAAGGACAGUGGAGCACAAGCUAAAGCUAGAAAAACUGAUGAGAAAACUGGUUUUCAAGAAGACCAUGAAGCGAUCUUGGUCAGAACUGAUAAAUCUGGCAGAGCAUGGCCUGUUAAUAUUCCAGAAGAAACAUUGGAUCAUAUAGGCAGAAGGAGGAAGAAUCAAAUGAUACCUACUCAUGUGGAUAAGGAACGAAUCCGAUAUUUUCAAGAUGAUGAUAAUUUAGACCUGAAGGAUUUGAUCAGGAAUGAAAAGAUGAGUACAUCAGAGGAUCAAAAUAAGCUUUUCAUGAGAAUGGCAUCAAAGUUUUCAGACAAAACUGAUAGAGAUUAUUACACUCUGGAUGACAUGUUCGUUUCCAAAGCAGCAAAGAGGGAGGAAAGUGGAAAAGCGGAGGAAAGGGAAAGAAACCAAGCAAUCCGUGAGCAUCAACGACUUGCUGCCUGCAUGGAAAAAUGCCCUCAUUGCUUUGGUAGCUCUGAACUUCCUAAACACCUAAUCAUUGCAAUCGGUAACAAGGUGUACUUAUCCUUGCCGAGGUACCAGUCUCUUACUGAAGGUCAUUGCCUGAUCACUCCUAUGCAGCAUUACAUUGCUGCCACACUUCUAGAUGAAGACAUUUGGGAAGAAAUUCAGGUAUUCAGAAAAACUUUGGUAAAGAUGUUUGAAGCUGAAGAGUUGGAUUGUGUCUUUCUGGAGACAAAUUUAAGUAUAGGCAAACAAUACCACAUGGUGUACGAAUGUAUUCCUCUCCCAAAGGAAGUGGGGGAUAUGGCUCCCAUCUAUUUCAAGAAAGCUAUAAUGGAAUCAGACGAAGAGUGGGCCAUGAAUAAAAAACUAAUUAAUCUAGGCUCAAAAGAUGUUCGCAAAUCGGUAAGCAUUCCAAGCUCAUCACUUGUAAUGCAAAGCUGA